GUCAAUACUAGCAUUAUUAUAGGGUUAUUUUGUUAGAUUUGAUCAAUCUGACGUGAGUUUAAAAUGGAGGAUGUGAUGAUGGACUUUCCCAUGAUUUGAUAUACAAUGAUAGGAAAUCAAAACCAGGUCACUGAUAAAAUGUGCAGCAAAAUGUGUGGAACACGAAAAAUGUGGAGCAUUUGAUUUUGAUCCAGAUGAAUUCUCCGAACCAAGAUGUCAGUUACUGGGGAAUCAAGUAAUGGCAAGUGAACAUAAUGCUGUAUACUGGCCUAUAAACAAAGAGAACAGACCUAUCUAUAACUUCGUGUCACAAAACCUUCCAACAUAUGGUAUUUGUGCUGUAGUCGAGGAAACAUAUCGCUCUCAAAUUGUCAACAACUGCAAAGAGGAUUUCAUUAUUCUCUCCCCUGGACUUUCUGGAGAGGAUGGAACAAUUUCUAUUCAGUCACUAAAGUAUCCAAAUCGGUACUGGCAUGCAAGUGGAAUGGACGCAAUGCUCUAUUUUGCUGACAGAACCACUGCAAUUGACCCAACAGUGUUCGACAAACAUGCAACGUUCAUCCUUCACAUUGACCAAUGGUAUACUGGAUAUAAUUCAUUCGAGUCUGCAGAAUACUAUGGGUAUUAUGUACGUCAUCACGAUUAUAUUCACAAACUACAUAUAUUAGAUGAUACUGAUGUUUUCCACAAGGAUGCCAGUUAUGAGGCAGAAUCACAUGGACAUUUUAUGAUUUAAAUAGAUGUGAUUGUCAAGAUAAUUUUGAGAAUUUAGAGUAUUGUUAUAUAGAAAAAGUCAAAA